AUGAAGGUAGAGUAUCACAAUUCUUACAACCUUCUUACUACCAACACCACAGCUUCAUCAGCUAUACCUGAAAUCAAAAUGAACAAGAUCUUUGCUGUCGUUCUCUGUUUGGCCUUCGCCUCCAUGACCUUGGCUGGUAACCCCUUGAUGAUGGGUGGUAUAGGAAUGAUGAACCCUUACAUGAUGGGUAUGGGAGGUUUAGGUAUGAUGGGAAUGAUGAACCCCUAUAUGAUGGGUAUGGGAGGUUUAGGUAUGAUGGGAAUGAUGAACCCCUACAUGAUGGGUAUGGGAGGUUUAGGUAUGAUGGGCGGUUACGGUAUGAUGGGCGGUCUUGGAAUGAUGGGUGGACUUGGUAUGAUGACCGGAUACAAGAAAUAAGGUUGAUACAGCUGAUAUUAUACAGUUAUUUAAUGUAAAUAAUUGUAUGAUGUAAAUUAUGGUAUGAUGUAAAUUAUGGUAUGAUGUAAAUUAUGGUAUGAUGUAAAUUAUUGUAUGAUGUACAUUAGUGUAUGAUGUAAAUCAUUGUAUGAUGAUGUAAAUUAUUGUAUGAUGUAAAUCAUUGUAUGAUGUAAAUUAGUGUAUGAUAGACUUAUGAAUUUGAAAUAAAUAAAUCAUCCCAAAAUAUACUAGUA